UUAUGAUAAGUAUAAGUUAAUUGUGAUAUGUCUUAUUAGUUUGAUAUUUAAUCUAGAGUUAUUUAAGAAAGAAAAAAUUAUAUAAAAAUUCUUAUAACAAUCUAUUUUCCAUUAAUAUAUCAUGAAUACACCGAUAGUUAAAUUAUCGGAUAAAGAUUUGGAAUCAGUUUAUGAACCAUCAGAGGAUUCCUUCCUCUUGAUAGAUGCCUUAGAAGCUGAUUUAGAGGUCCUAAAAGUUACAAAACCUGUGAUGUGUUUAGAGAUAGGUAGUGGAUCUGGUAUUGUAAUUACAGCAUUGGCAAUGGCAUUGAAAAUUUACUGCCAAUCCUACUAUCUUGCAAUUGACAUUAAUAUCAAUGCGUGUAAAGUUACAAAAAAGACUGCUGCGCAAAAUUUGGUAGAAAUAGAUACUGUACAAAUGGAUUUAUUAAGUUUCUUACGUAGUGAUUGUGUUUUCGAUAUCAUAGUAUUUAAUCCACCAUAUGUGGUGACCAAUGAUGAUGAAAUUUUGAAUAGGCAGAUAUUAUUUAAAAGUUGGGCAGGUGGUAAAAGUGGUAGAAAGGUUAUGGAACGAGUAUUUCCUAAAAUUCCUGAUAUUCUAUCGGAUACAGGGACAUUUUAUCUAUUGGUUAUUAAAGAAAAUGAUCCUGAAUACAUUUUACGUACAUUUAUGAAUUUAAACAUGUCAGGCAAAAUAAUAUUAGAAAGAAAAAUAAGGGGAGAACAUUUGUAUAUAUUACGUUUUAAAAAAAUAAAGUAAAAUGUCUUCGUCAUAUAUAUGUUUUUGUGUGUAAUUAAUUAAGAAAUUUUAGUAAAAAUUUUGCUAUUUCUUUAUUUUUCAAAUUUUUACUAUUUUACAUUUUAUUUGUAUAUAUAUUUUAUUCGUCAUAUUUCAUCCUAUACAAUUUUAUUCUUAAUCGUGAAACUUGUACUCAUCAACGAUUAUCUCUAAUGAAAAAAAAAUGUCAGUCUAGUAAAGUAUCUAAUUAAACAUCGUAUUUUUCGCAAUAUAUACGGCUAUCAAAUACUGCUA